ACUGCUCAUAAUGCUUCUUAAUGUUCCAUAUAAAGUACUAGUAAAUCUAAAGUAUUCUGUCAAACUCUGUACUGUGUUGCAGAGAGUCCAGGAGAGUCAACCAUUUUUUUUUUACACGGCUUCAGAUUAGACUCUUUAAUACGUGAUCUAGUUACCAGGCUGACUCUGAUACAACUGUCUCUGAGUCCACAGUCAGGAAACCAUGAGUGCGUUCAUUUAAGAUAGUACAGCUUCACUGAUGAGAUGGUAAAUGCGGAUGUUUUUUUUAGGCUGGUUGUGCCUUGGCAUAAGUCAGAGAUUUUUUUUUUUUUUUUUUUUGGCUCUCACUCACUUGAUCAUAAGCGAUUCAUCCUCGCGUUUCCUCGUAGGCAUGCUGAGUAAAACAGCGUAGGGAUAGGAGCUUCAGUAAUAUCUCGUACUUCCACAGCCCCGAAAGAGGCUUUUUAAUAGCUGUGAGUGGCGAGGUGAGCGGCUGACGAUUAUCCUAGCUCAAAAUGCCCUCGAGGUGAGUGAUUUAUUACAGUAAUUUAAGGAAACGAAUGAGUGCCGAGGCGUGCCACUAUCAGCUGGGGCUGCUCUAUAAAUAAACUGCCUUUGCUCAUCAUCCGCCCCUCGUGUCAGCCGUUUGUUUGUGCGCCUCCUUUUCGCCCAUUUCUUCACGCUUGUGAUAUUUUGGACUUCUCAUUUAGCUCCAGCGCUGAUAGAGUGAGGAGACUGUACACAUUCUAAUACGAGUCCUAGAGAACAUCUCAGCAGCUUAUGUGCUGCUUUGGAGGAUUCAGCAGUAUCUGUUUUUUGUUUCUUUUCUUUUUUUAUAUGAUUCAGAAGUGCAAUCUUUCAGGGGUGGGAGAGGGAUGCUGUGUUUCUCUUACAUAAACUCUUCUAAUAGAUAGGUGAUAAUCCUGUGUUGCCAGCUCUUUUCAGGGGAAAGUAGCGAUGCAUGCUGAAAAAAUCGCUACAAGUUGCCAGAUGAUGUCAUGGGAUAACUUGCAUGUUCGUUGAGCGGUCACGAUUGUUUGCUUAUCGAAACAUGUUAAAUAAUUAGAAUAGCUUCGUCAGAGUAGAAAAUAAUAAAUGAGUUUAAGUGAUUUCUAAUAGAAAGAAGUCAUCUUUAGUCAUGGAACCACUAACUAUUUACAUAGUUUUAUAAAAUAGUAAAAAAAAUAACUACGUAUUUACAAAAUAUAGUGAGUAAUCAGGAAAUGGACACAGAAAGAGGGUUUUGGAUGGAAUAACUCAUACUUUUAUACAAAGAAGUGAGUGGGAGGGACAAACCAUGGUGAUCAGUGAUUGGUCACUGGGAACAAUGGUGAUUAAUGAUUGGUUGUUGGGAACAAGGGUGACCAGUGAUUGGUCACUGGGAAAAAGGGUGAUGAGUGAUUGGUUGUUGGGAACAAUGGUGAUUAAUGAUUGGUCAAUGGGAAACAAUGGUGAUGAGUAAUUGGUUGUUGGGAACAAUGGUGAUUAAUGAUUGGUCACUGGGAAACAAUGGUAGUCAAUGAUUGGUUGUUGGGGAAAAGGGUGAUCAGUAAUAGGUCAUGGGGAACAAUGGUGAUCAGUGAUUGGUCUUUGGGAAACAAAAGUGUUUAGUGAUUGGUCUUUGGGAAAUAAUGGUGAUCAGUGAUUGGUUGUUGGGAACAAUGGUGAUCAGUGAUUGGUCUUUGGGAAACCAUGGUGAUCAGUGAUUGAUUGGGAGUGGUGAUCAGUGAUUGGUCUUUGGGAAACAAAAGUGUUUAGUGAUUGGUCUUUGGGAAAUAAUGGUGAUCAGUGAUUGGUUGUUGGGAACAAUGGUGAUCAGUGAUUGGUCUUUGAGAAACCAUGGUGAUCAGUGAUUGACUGAUUGGGAACAGUGGUGCUCAGUGAUUGGUCAUUGGGAAUAUAGACUCACGUAAGCACAACUCUCUCAUGCUUUUACACACUGGUGGUGAGUCGACUGAACCUGCUUUCUCAACUCUCAUAAUCAGCAGCUGUGAUGUGAGCUGGAGAGCUGUAUCGAGUGUAAGACAGUUGGCAAGGUCUGCUUGAAAAGUCACUAGAUUUAUUGAUAGACUCUUUUAUAAAAUAAAGUCACUAAAGGGGUCAAAAAAGUCACCAAAUCUUCUGACAAAGGCACCUAAUUAUCAGUGCUGGUGAUGAUACUUUACUCAAAGUCUUGGACAACACACAGAGUCCUGUAGGUUCCCAGGGAAGUAGAAAUGAUUGAUUUUGAUUAAUCACAAUGUCUGUCAUGAUGUCACACUGCGCCUUGUUAUAUCAAUAUCCAUCAAUGAUUAACUUCAGUGUCCUCUAUGAUGUAGAUGAAUUGUUUGCACAUCACUGUGCAUACACAUCUUUGUGACUCUCACCUUGUACAGUGACUGCUGUGAAGGAAUGCGCAUGUAGUGGUUUCCUGCUUUGUGUUGAUCAACUACAGUUCUUGACCUGCUCGUUGUUUUUCAAGGUCUGAUCUCUUAACACAUCACAUGCCGUAGCGUUUCAUAAAAAAUGAAACGUGGUUAGAAUCGUCCUGAUUCUUCUCCAUUUUCAUCCUUUUACAAGACCUCAUUAUACAUGUGGCUAAAAAUGACUGGUUCCCUUGAGAUCUUGGCUUCAGGACUCACAUAGUUGCCAUUGUAUCAAAAAAUAGCUUAAAAUUCAAUAAGGAGCUAUCUUUGUAUGCCAUGUGAGUGUGUGAAAUCACAAAUUUACACAUCUUUUCUGUAAAUUGACCACGUGAAUUUAUCUGGCUGUCUCAUUUAUCCUCAGUUCAUGCAAAUAUGGAAAGGCAAAUGAGCUCUCUGUACAUCUGCUUAUAACACUGAUGGCAAGGAAGCUGAUUUCCUUGUUGAUGAAAAAAAGAGUUUUUUUUUUUCUGUGAAGGAGGGGGGAUACAGAGAGUGUGAGCAGAACUCUAUGUUCUCUUCCUCUACAUCAACUCGAUACAGAGAAAGCAUCCUUUUGCUUCUUUCUGAUUAUAUUCGAUCAUGUUUCACUUUUGUAAAAAUCUCUCCCUACAGUAUACACUCAGCAUCCACUUUAUUAGGAACACCUGCACAUCCGUGCACUUAUCCAGUCAGCCAAUCAUGUUGCGGCAGUGCAAUAAAUAAAAUCAUGCAAACGCAGGUCAAGAGCUUCAGUUCGUGUUUACAUAAAGCAUUAGAAUGGGAGAAAAUGGUUGUGGUGAGUAUUGGAAAAUUGGAAAAGGACCAGGCAUUGUUUUUCAAACUUUACCAGUCCAUUUGAGAUGAUCCUGUGCCCACUGUAGCCUCAGAUUCCUCUUCUUGGCUGACAGGACUGGAUCCCGUUGUGGUUGUUUUUUGCUGUUGUAGCCCAUCCACCUCAAGGAUUUGAGGUGACGUUGUGUGUUCUGAGAUAUUUUUCUGCUCACCACGGUUGUAAAGAGUGGUGUAUUUGCGUUAUUGUAGCCUUUCUGUCGGCUCAAACCAGCCUGGCCAUUCUCCUCUGACCUCUCUCAUCAACAAGGUAUUUCCAACCGUUGCUGGAUGUUUUUUUGUUUUUUUCACACACCAUUCUGUGUAAACUCUGGAGGCUGUUGUGUGUGAAAAGCCCAGGAGCUCUGUGGUUUCUGAAAUAGUCAAACCAGCCCGGCUGACACCAGCAACCAUGCCACAGUCAAAGUCACUGUGAUCACAUUUUCUCAUUAUUCUGGUCUUUGAUGUGAGCAUUGACCUUUGCGUGAUUGCACUGUUGCCAAAUGAUUGGCUGAAUGAGUAAUUACAUGAAUUAGCAGGGGUACAGAUGUUACUGUUAAAGUGGCUACUGAGUGUAUACGCUAAACAUCUGUAUCCCGCUCAUAUAAGCUCAUGAAUGUGAAACAGUAGACAGGACGUUCUUGGGCUCAUCUAACUAUAGGGGGCAAGUGUGUGCCUGCACGCACUCAUUCACCAGUUAUCUCCAUGCCACAUACUCCGACUAUCCUUCUCAUCUCUCCGUCUUCCCCCCCUCCCAUGUCCUCCUCGUGAUGUAUGCAUAACCUUCAGAUGUAUGUGAUCGUUUCAGAAUAGACAGUGGGUGUUACUCCACUACUUGAUGUUCCGACUUGUGAGAUUAAGCCGGGGAAGAAAUGCAAACAGAGGGUGGGGAGAUCAGCCGAGGGGCCGUCCUUGGGCCGUUUUCAUCACAUUCAGCCCAGCCAAUGCUGACACAGCCUCUUGCAUUUCCAUGGUAACAGCGCUUUAUAGCCCACCACAAGAGGUGGAUACUGGAGAAACAGCAGCGAGAGGGGGGAAAGGUUGCAGAAAAGAGGCAUUUUUUUUUUCCACCUUUCUUUCCAGUCUGUUGGAUGAUUUCAUUGACAGUGUUGGAUGUAUGAGGGCCAAGAGCAGACACAGAUCUCAAGCUGUGGUGGCAUGGGUGUAGCACGUUCAUGUUUGGGAAUGAGACGUGGAGUGGGCGCCCGCUUUCUAUUGAUUGACUAGACCGUCUGCUAUGCUCCAUCAACAAGGUGCAUGGGAUGAACUUGGCUCCGGCCCUCUGACGCCCCUGAGCUAGGGCCUGCCUGGUGGAUUCCUCAUUCGCCCCGCUCCACUGCCAACAUGCUGAUUAAAGAGUACCGCAUCCCCAUGCCCAUGAGCGUGGAGGAAUACCGCAUUGCCCAGCUCUACAUGAUCCAGAAAAAGAGCCGAGAGGAGAGCGAGGGCGAGGGCAGUGGCGUGGAGAUCCUGGAGAAUCGACCCUACACGGAUGGGCCCGGCGGCUCGGGACAGUACACCCACAAAGUGUACCACAUCGGUCAGCACAUCCCCAGCUGGUUCCGCUCCAUCCUGCCCAAAGCAGCUCUACGGGUAGAGGAGGAGUCCUGGAACGCCUACCCUUACACUCGUACCCGUUACACAUGUCCUUUCGUGGAGAAGUUCUCUAUCGACAUUGAGACGUAUUAUAAGCCCGAUACAGGGAACCAGAACAACGUCUUCAAUUUGUCUUCAGCGGAGAAAAGGCAGCGGGAUAUCGACCCUAUAGACAUUGUGAAAGAUGUCAUUGCACCUCAUGAGUACUUGGCUGAGGAGGAUCCUAAGCUGUACAAGUCGGUGAAGACUCAGCGAGGCCCUCUGUCAGACAACUGGAUCGAGGAGAUUAGCCAUAACCCGGGCAAGAUGCCCGUCAUGUGCGCCUACAAGCUGUGCAAAGUGGAGUUCCGCUACUGGGGCAUGCAGUCCAAGAUCGAGCGCUUCAUUCACGACGUGGGUCUUAGGAAAGUGAUGGUGCGUGCGCACCGGCAGGCCUGGUGCUGGCAGGACGAAUGGUACGGCCUGACCAUGGAAGACAUCCGGCAGCUGGAGCUGGAGACCCAGCUGGCCCUGGCCAAGAAGAUGGCGCAGUUUAGCUGCAACGAGGACGGAGGUGAGGGCAAUGCCAGUCCUGCCAAAGAACAGGACGCCAAGGAGGCCAUCAACGCCAUCGAGAACGAAAACGCAACACGGAGUCUCGGGGACACGCUGCAGGCUCGGGGAGAGCUCACCAAACAGUGGUCCACAUCGUCCAGAUCCUCCCGCUCUUCAAAGAGAGGAGCAGCCAGCCCCUCUCGACACAGUAUUUCCGAAUGGCGCAUGCAGAGCAUCGCCCGAGACUCAGACGACAGCACAGACGACGAGUUCUUUGAUGCACAAGAGGACCUCUCAGACAGCGAGGAGAUCUUUGUCAAAGAGAUCACCAAGUGGAACUCCAACGACCUGAUGGACAAAAUCGAGACGGCGGAGGUGGACGAACCCCAAAGUGACUUGUACCAGGACUCUGGGGUUGAGUAUUCCGAAGCUGGGAACGUCCAAAGACUUAAUGAGGAUGGCUCAGGUCAGCAGGGCCUGCAGUCGUCAAAGGUGCACGUGUUGCUCUUGGUCCUGCAUGGCGGCAACAUCCUGGACACAGGAGGUGGAGAGCAGAGCAGCAAGCAGGCUGACGUCAACACCAUCAGCUCGGCGUUCGAGACGGUCAUGCGCGUGCAUUACCCGGCAGCUCUAGGCCGCAUCGCCAUCCGCAUGGUGCCAUGCCCCGCCGUGUGUGUGGAGGCUUUCUCACUCGUCUCAAAUUUAAGUCCAUACAGCUAUGACGAGGGCUGCCUGUCUAACAGUCAGGACCACAUCCCUCUCGCUGCUCUGCCUCUGUUGGCCACAUCCGCUCCUCAGUACCAAGACGCCGUGGCCGCGGUGAUAGUGCGCGCCAAUCAGGUGUACGGAGACUUCAUAAAAUCGUUGGAAGGUACCACAUUCUCUGGCCAGGUGUGUCUGAUAGGUGACUGUGUCGGAGGAAUCCUGGGUUUUGAUGCCCUCUGCAGCAGCAACAUCACCGUGUCAGAGAGCCAGAACAGUAGCAGGAGAGGGAGCAUAGUCAGCGUACAGGACAAUGAUCUGCUCUCGCCGGGCAUCAUCAUCAACAGUAGCCCUUCAGGCUCGGGCUCGGGCUCAGGCUCAAGUUCUGGUUUGUCCCUGGAAGGCAGCCGUCACUUGAGCCGCAGCAACAUCGACAUCCCACGCUGCAGCGGUGCCGACGACCCCAAGAAGCAGCUGCCCCGCAAGCGUAGCGACUCCUCCACCUACGAACUGGACACCAUCAAGCAGCACCAGGCCUUCCUGUCUAGUCUGCAUUCCAGCGUUCUGAGGAAUGAUCCAGGCUCUCGGCGGUCCAGUAACAGCACUAUGCUGGAAGGAGGUGGCGCUCUGGGCAAGUUUGAUUUCGAGGUGUCUGAUUUCUUCCUGUUUGGCUCUCCUCUGGGUUUGGUCCUGGCUCUGAGGAAAACUGUGGUUCCUUCUCUAGACGUGGCUCAUCUCCGUCCAGCCUGCCAGCAGGUGUAUAACCUGUUCCACCCUGCAGACCCGUCAGCCUCACGCCUGGAGCCACUCCUGGAGAAAAAGUUCCACCUGCUGGCGCCCUUCAGCGUGCCACGUUACCAGCGUUUCCCUCUGGGCGACGGGCACUCGGCCCUGUUGGUGGAGACCCUUCAGAGCAACCCUCACCUCCUGCUGGAGAGUGGAGGCCGCUGCCAUGAUGGCUUAGGCGAGACCUCCAUCCCCGUUCCCGUGCUCAACUGGCAGGCUGCGCCAGCCACGCCUGAGUCAGACGUAAUGCAUUCUCACGGGGGGAUGUUCCUGGAGAACUCCUACCCCUCGUCUCCUGCCUCAGCCCCAGCGUCCCGCAUCAUUCGAAGACCCAGUGAGGUCAGCAUCGCCAGCCAAGUUUCCGGACUGGCGGAUAGUUACACUGCCUCCAAUAUUGCCAACACACAAGCAUGCCAUCUCAAUCAGUCCAAAAAGCUUAGCCUUUUGUCCCAGCUGGCCCUCCCUUAUAACAAAAUGUCCUCGAGAAGCCCAUCCCCGAAAGCCCGCUACAAGUUGCUCAGUAGCAGGGAGGCGGGCUCAGAUGAGGUGAGCUGCUUCGAGCCCUCCCCUCUCCCCGACUCCAGCCCUCCAUCGCCGAGCAUGCAGCUGGAUAUAGAGCAAGUUGCUGCUCGUUGGUGGGGGACAAAGCGCAUUGACUUUGCCCUGUACUGCCCCGAUGCCCUGACUGCCUUUCCCACCGUGGCUCUACCUCACCUGUUCCAUGCUUCCUACUGGGAGUCUACAGACGUCGUGUCCUUUCUGCUCAGACAGGUAAUGAGGCAUGAGAACUCCAGUAUUCUGGAGCUGGAUGGGAAGGAGGUUUCAGAAUUCACACCCUCCAAACCACGGGAGAAGUGGCUGAGGAAGAGAACACAUGUUAAGAUCAGGAACGUAACAGCGAACCAUCGCGUGAAUGAUGGAGUCUUUACAGAGGACGGCAUGCAGGUGGUCACUGGCCGUUUCAUGUAUGGCCCGUUGGAUAUGGUCACUCUAACUGGAGAGAAGGUUGACAUCCACAUAAUGACACAACCUCCAUCAGGAGAGUGGGUGUACUUUGACACAGAGCUGACCAACAGCAGUGGCCGAGUUUCCUACACAAUCCCCGAGAGCAAACAGCUAGGGAUCGGCGUGUACCCUGUCAAAAUGGUGGUCAGAGGUGACCACACAUCUGCAGACAGUUACCUGACUGUGCUGCCACGUGCCACAGAGUUUGUAGUGUUCAGCAUCGAUGGCUCGUUUGCUGCCAGCGUGUCUAUUAUGGGCAGUGACCCUAAAGUGAGAGCAGGGGCAGUGGAUGUUGUCAGGCACUGGCAGGACUUGGGCUACCUGAUCGUCUACGUGACGGGCCGCCCGGACAUGCAGAAGCAGCGGGUGGUGGCCUGGCUCUCGCAGCACAAUUUCCCUCAUGGCAUUGUGUCCUUUUGCGACGGUCUCGUGCACGACCCCCUUCGUCACAAAGCAAACUUCCUCAAGUCCCUCAUCACUGAGGCACAUAUGAAGAUCUUUGCUGCGUACGGCUCCACAAAGGACAUCUCGGUGUACACUUCUCUCGGCCUGCCGCCAUCUAAUAUCUACAUUGUUGGCAGACCAACGAAAAAGAUGCAGCACCAGUGUCAGUUCAUCUCGGACGGUUAUGCGUCUCAUUUGUCGCAUCUGGAGUACAGUCAGCGUUCUCGGCCGGCCAAGACAGGCAGCACACGUGUGACUCUGCGUAAGGGAAGCUUUGGUCUGGGUGCCAGUGGCGACUUUCUGCGCAAACGCAACCACCUGCUGCGCACCAUCUCCUCCCAGCCGGCCCCCUCCUCCUCGGCCACGUCCUCCGGCCAUGGGGCCCGUCCUGAGCGCGCUCAGAGCCAAUCAGAGUUUGACCGUGAGCGGGCCGACCGUGCACAGAGGAGCAUGAGCAUUGCGGCAGGCUGCUUUGGGCGUGCAGGGAAGAUGGAGGGAGGCACUCUGAGCCCCAAGUAACCCUCCAUCACAUUGGCGUCUAUAACUGGGAGUGUGCCGGUCCAUGGGAUUUUAAAGGAAGGGUGGAUCGGGAAAGAAUGAAAAUGAAAACGGGAUACAAUGGAAUGGACUCAUUGAGAGACUGGUACAGCUUUUCUAAUGUAGCAAGAGUGGCAUUGGGGAAAAAGAUUUUGUUCCACUGAGGUAACACACCAACAAGAAAUCUAAUGCCUUAUGCAUCGCUCUAGGUUUUGGAACGCUGGUCCUUGCCUCUCCGUUUGCUUGUAUGCUUGGGUAGUUCCGACUCCCCAAUCUCAACCUGCAUCAUCAGAAAAGUGGAAGAAGUCUCCAACAUGUCAUCAUGAUGUCCACCAACAUUUACCACCUGUAAAUACGUGCCUCCCUCCUCACGUGCUCAGGGCAGCAGUGUACAGACGAGUUGGCCAUGGUCCAUCCCAGAAGCCACUUGUGUUAGCCACACUCAACCCCUCUUUGCCAACUGCUAGCCCCCAGUUUCUUCCUCUUUUUACUAAGAUGUUCUUGUGGAGGAGGUUCUCGUCAAAAAGUCCUGCAGCAUUUGGCAAUAAGGACCCACCGUGUUAUAUCUUGUGUUUGGCUCGCAGGUCAUCAGAGGCCUUACUUCUUAAUAGUGUAUUACCACACGAGCAUUAAACGUACACGGGACGAGUGCUGCUCUGGGGCUGAAAGCGAGGACGUUGGCCUUUUUUUUUGACACUCAAUCUGUAAUUUGGCAACAAUCCCUUUAUCUGGCCAUCUGCUUGCAAUACCUCUUGGACAUCACUAGGGUGUCUAGUGCUCCUGAAGACUCUUUCUCAUCUCUCUGGUGCAGCAUGCCAUGUAUAGAUAGCCAAGUACGAAUCCUCCUGAGCCUCCACGCUAUCACGUUUCCUCAAACACCCUUUCUUCUCCCUGGUUCUGGAGCAAAACCACUUCGCUGCUCCGUUCCUCCGAAUGAGGCGACUGGAGUUGGUGUCUAUCCAUAUUUACAAAGUGUAUAUUGGAGAAAUCCAUUUUCUCCAGACAGUCAAAGCGGUAGUUAGUUGUCUCUUGCCAAUUUGUGCACCUUUAUUGCUUUGAUUUAUUGGAAGAAUCAUAGAAUAUAUGGACAACUGGCGACACUUGAUACAACCGAUGGCCAAAAUCAUUUCUUUUACAGAAGCUGUAGUAAAUGUAUAACCUCAUUGUUCCUUUUGCACAAGUCGAUAGUGGAGAACCUUGUUACCAUCUCAUGUGGCUACAUAUUGUUAUCGUGUAGUGCAUGAUCCUUAUUAAUAUAUGACAGGAUUCGAGUGAGUGUGUGCACAAUGGUAGUAUUUAUCUCUAAUGUCAGGAUUAAGAAAUGUGCCAAAAUUAGAACGAUCAUAGGAAUGACAAACGAAACAAUAGGCUUUAUCAGUUAUUUCCUUUGUAAUGUACUACUGAGUAUUUGAUCUGAGUAUAUAUUUGAGCUGUAAAGAUCUGGUGAGUUCAGCUUCGAUGGCACAUGUAUAAUGUUUAUAAGAUUUACAUCAUUUCAGGUCAACAUGAAGUCCUUUAAACGUCCGUGCUCUAGCUUACUGUUCAUAUGUAAGUGAGAUGUAUAGAACUAUUGCAGGAUAUUCUUUUAAUCAUAAGCUGUGAUUUUACUUUUGUUUUUAGAUUCAAAGGCAUGAUACGUUGUAGCCAAAUACUGUAUAAAGAUAUUUUUUUGGUAUUUGUUAACAGGCAGACACUGGAUGAGAGGAUGUGUUGUAUUUAAUUAGGUUCCUACUGGAGUUGUAUAUUUGAAUUCGAGUGCUGGGAGGUUUUUUGGACGCAGCAGCCGCUUGUUUAUAAUCGUUCAGGGGAGAUAUAGAAUGUUUUCUGAUCAUGUGGGAAUAACGGACGUGUAGAUAUUGUAAAGAUGUACAUUUUACUAUAUAGGCAAUGUAUGGUCAGGAAUUAUUUAUGUAGAUUCGCAAAAGUAAUGUCAGAUUUUAGCGUGUUCAUGGUUGCUUUAAUUUUUCUUUGUUAUAUAAUUGAGAUUGUUUCUUUAAGGACCAACACCAUUAAUGCCAUCAGUGCAGUUUGUGUACAAGAAGACUACAAAAGACACCACCGCACAGACAAUCAGUCUCGGGCACACAAACCUAGAACACAAACACCUGGAAAUACGACACUCAUCACUCAUCAAAUACUUAACAUGUCCAUUAGAUGAAAGACAUUUUCUGGAGGAUGUAAAAGAUUUAUUUUAUUAAACUGUGGCAGGUUAUAUGUGGUCUUUUUUUUUUUUUUUUAAUUAGAAAGGUUCACCAAAUUUGAAAGAAAUUGUUCUGUGAAGGUAUUUUAUUUGGAGGAUUUAAGGCGGUGUGCGUAAAAUGGCAACAUGACACAAGAGUAAUGUUCUCGAAAGAAAAGUGUUUCUGUGUAGAAUAUAAUGCCUUCAACAUAGCGUUUUAAAUCUGUCCAGCAGAGGAUUUGUCCAGCAGAGGGUGCGAGUAAGCAGCUUUCACACAAGAAAAUGCAGAGGUUUUGUUUUUUUUUUUUUUUUUUUGGACCAAUAAAUGUGCAAUAUGUACUCGUGGUUGAUUUGUUUUAUAUACAAGUCCAGAAAUGUCCACCACCUUUUUCUCCGUGAAUGACAAAAUCUCUGUUGGAAGCAACGUCCUGAUUAAGAAGCUAAGAUUUGCUGUUUUGUUAUUGCUGUUUAAAUGUUUAAUUUAAAAUCGAAUCAUGUUGCAAUCAGAAAACAGUUCUACAAUCUGUAAGAGCUGUUUUUUUUUUUUUUUAAUUAGUAUAUUUAUUUUUAUUUUUUUGCCACCCUUGCCCUUUUUUUCCCCCCAUUUUAAUUCAACCAAGUGAUGUGCUCCAUCCAAUGUUAUCUCCAAAACAUUUAGAGAUAUAAAUUGGUAAAUAUUACUGGGAACCACAGGAAAGCAAGCCAUUUUCUGUAACUCAUCACUUUAAACGAUUGCGGACACAUUUAACAUUUAAUUUCUCUCAUUUUUAUCACAGACCAACACUCCUACCUGUUCAGAAAUAUGAGCCCUCAUUCUUAGGUGCAUGUCAGCUACACUAUUAUAUAUAAAUAUAUAUAUAUAUAUCAUUUAUAUAUUACCGAUUUAUAUACAACACCGGGUCAGGUUUUGAGUGUAUUGUUCCAUUUUUCAAUAACUUAUUAUGAAUACACUGUCCUCUGUGUAGAAACGGCAAUCAGCAUGUAAUUUAAAAAAAACAAAAAAAACACACAUUUGCACACAUUUCUGAGUUUAUGGCACAAUGUGAUAUUGUAAAAGCAUCAGAGAAUGUACCGCUGAUACACAUUGUACUAUAGCAAAGACGUGGCAGCAAUUUUAAACGUUUGAGUAUUUAUUUUAUUUUUUUUUUAACGACUAUCCAAGAAAACUCGCAUUUCAACUCAUUUUUCUUUGCCGAGUGUUCAGAUGGUGUCCCAUCCCAUUUCUCAAAAAACCCUGUAUUUCCAACCGCUCUACAUACAAACUGUAACACUGUAAACAGUUUUGAUCUGAAUGACUUCUCAGCUCUUUUUCACCCACUUGUGCUCGAUUCUGUAUUAUUAUAUGUACUGUGGAUUAAAUACAGUUGGACAGCUA